AUGAAUCGUGGUAGCUCAAGGGGUGGCUUUGGCAGAGGUGGAGGUCAGGGUGGUGGGAGGGGCGGCUUCCAACAGCGCGACUUCGGUCCCCCAGACCAAGUUUUGGAAAUAGGGACAUUCAUUCAUGCUGUUGAAGACGAAAUGCUUUGCUCAUCCUCGACGACCGACAAAGUUCCGUAUUUUAACGCCCCCAUUUACUUGCAGAACAAAUCCGUUAUUGGAAAAGUCGAUGAAAUUCUUGGUCCUGUGAAUGAGGUAUAUUUUUCAAUCAAGAUGGGUGAGGGAAUGGUUGCAAGUAGUUUUAAGAAAGGUGACAAGGUCUAUAUUGGUGGAGACAAGCUCCUGCCCAUUGAACGGUUUCUCCCCAAGCCAAAAGUAGUUGGAGGUUCGCGCCGUGGCGGAAGCCGUGGAAUGCCAGCCGGGAGAGGUUUUCAACGAGGGGGCGUCCGUGGCCGUGGAGGCUCAAGAGCCGGCUUUGGUGGGAACCGUGGAGGUGGUUUCAGAGGCAAUGCUGGUGGUCGAGGUGGACGAGGAGUGCGUGGUGGUGGCUUUCGAGGUUAA